CCGAAGCGAAAGCUCACCGCCUCGCCUCAUCUCAUCUCCGAUCCGGCAGCAGGACGCAGAAGGAACCGAGUCACCAUGGCGGCCGAGGUCCUGAAGUUCAUCUGCGCCAACCAAGGGGCGGUCAACUACGAAGAUUUGCUUUUUAACUUCUGGGUUGGUGACGAGGAAAACCUGCGAGCGGUCCUCAGCGAUCAGCGUAUGUUUUGUCGUGGGCACCCGGGUCAGCUGACGAAGGUGGUGGCCCGAACCGCACUGAGACUAUGUCGGGUCAAAGAGUGUGCGGGCUCGUGUCUGGGGCUCCAUCUGUGUAAACACUUCCUCUUCAGUGGAUGCUGUCAGUACAGUCGCAGAGGAAAGUGCGCGUUUUCUCAUGAUCUGAGGUCGUUGCACAACCAGGUGGUGCUGCAAAGUCAUCAACUGGACACCCUGGAAAGGCAAGAGGUCUGCACGCUGCUGCUGCAGAACGACCCGACGCUGCUGCCUCAGAUCUGCUACGAUUACAACAACGGAGACGGAGAGUUUGGCAAGUGCGAGAGCGGCAAUGCCUGUGAGAGAGUGCACGUCUGUGAGAAGUUCCUCACCAACAGCUGUGACUGCUCUCGAGUCCAUGACUUCAAGGCGCCGCAACCAGAAAAAAGCCUGCGCAAAAGAGGGGUGCAUGAUGUCCUUUUUGCCUCUCUUAAGUCAACGUAUGCAAACAAAGAAUUUUUGAAAAAAAAAGACGCACAGCUGGGAAGGAGAAAUCCUGGAGGGCUCCGAGGUAGAGGCACCGCCCGGGGGAACAGAACCAAAAGCUGCACCCGGGAGCAAAUGCAAAAUGCUGGCUGUCUUAGUAACCACCUGGCUUCCUUGAACGAAAGCGACAGCGGAGCCUCUGCUGCUGUGAAUGACGACGCCAGAAGUGAGGGACCCCAGAGCAGGAACGCAAGACCCAAUGAGAACUCAAGAGCAGGACGUGAAAGAGGGCGAGGUAGAGGCAACCGAGGCGGCAGGGGCAAUAUGUCCAGAAGCGGCACUUGUGAAGAGAUGAUGAAAGCCUUGUCGAUGAGCAACCUGUCCACCCUCAACUUGUGCGACGGACGUGUAGAAAAGGAUGGCAGCGACUCUGCUGGUGCAAAUGACAGCGACACCUGCAGCGAAAGUGGCAUGAAAAAGAAUGAAAGGCCAUUUUUAGGACCAGGCAGAGGUCGUGGUGGAGGAAACGGGCGCGGCAGGGACAACAGAGCCAGAGCUGUGAAAGACAAAAGAGAGAUCUGCAUGUUCUUUAUCAAGGGGAGAUGUAUCCACGAGGAUAACUGCUACAAGGCUCAUGAGAAGAUGCCGUACAGGUGGCAGAUCCAGGAGGGAAACAAGUGGACUGCUCUGCCGGAUAAUGAGUUAAUCGAAAGGAACUAUUGUGAUCCAAAAAUGACAAGCAGUGUCAGUUCAUUUGUGGAUUUUGACUCAAUGACCUGCGGAGACCACAAAGUUCGAAGACUUUCAACUCUGAAUUCGGUAGCUGAGAGGACCUACAUCCUCACUACGGAGUGGCUCUGGUACUGGGAGGACGAGUUUGGCCGGUGGCACGAGUAUGCUUCACCUGAUGCUGGACAUGGCCCAGCGGACAUGAACAGCACUCAACUUGAGGAGAAGUUUUUGGAAGAUGACAAAGCUGUGGUCCAUUUCACUGCCCACUCACAGUCCUACUCCCUUAGCUUUCAAGACAUGAUCCAAACAAAUGUUAAGUUUGGAACCAAGAAACUGGUGCGGCGACGGCCACGAUUUGUAUCUGCGCAAGAAGUUGAAGAAAAGAAGAAAGAACGGAGACCACCGAGUCAACGUGCAUUCGGUGCCGUACCACCCCACUGGGACAAGACGCAGGUCCCAGAACAGGGCUACAAGCUGAUCCAGCUUUCGCCAACAUCAGAAGAAUAUCGGGAGGUUGAAGCUCAAUUUGGAAGUACCAUGAAGUAUGGCUUUGUCAUUGAGAAAAUUGAGAGGAUCCAGAACAAAGAACUCUGGGACAUCUUUAGCUGGCAGAAGAACCGGAUGAAGAAAAGGAGUGGAGAGAAACGGUUGUUCCAUGGAACCAACUCCGAACAUGUGGAUGCCAUCUGCCUUCACAACUUUGACUGGAGAAUCUGUGGUACUCAUGGGACGGCUUAUGGUCAAGGUAGCUACUUUGCAAGAGAUGCAAAGUACUCCGACAGCUAUACCGGCGACUCUGAUGUCAGGUCCAUGUUUCUGUCACGAGUCUUGGUUGGAGAUUACACAAGAGGAAACCCUGAGUAUCGCCGCCCGCCAGCCAAGUUGGACUGUGGUGCGGAGUUCUAUGAUAGCUGUGUUGAUCAGGUGCUAAGUCCAUCCAUCUUUGUCAUCUUUGAGAAGCACCAAAUCUACCCAGAGUACUUGAUACAGUACAAGCGGGGUACCUCAUCUCCUCAGCCCAAACCAGCCAUGCCUCCAAAACCUGCACACCUAAUCACAAACGUGACCCGUGUCACCUCUACGCCGAACAUCACCUCCUCCUCCCAAGCCAACCCUCCAAGCAGCCAAGCGAGGCCUCCAUCUUACUCACCCAGAACCUCGCAUCUCGCAUACAGCGGUCAAUAUAGGCCAUCCAGCAGCUCAUCCUACCCAGCCAGCUCUUCGGCCAACCUACCCGCUCCUUUAGCUUCCCGUUUCGUCAGAGCUGGUUCAUAUGGGUCUUCAUCACCAACCCCAGCGCAAAAACGAGAUUCUUGUGUUAUCUCAUAGAUGCCCCAUGACCUACUUGUUCUUUUCCAUAUCAAUUUUGAGAACAUUUGGAAAAAAACAAAAAAAUGUCCUUUGUAAUAAGCAAUGGUGGUAGCAAAACAUACCUAACACACCGACGUCAUACCUAACUGCUCUGUCACUUCAAUACUGACCACUGAAGUAAAUAAUUGGUAAAAUGAUACGAGAAAAGUCAGAAAAAUAAUCAAUAAUAAAUAAAACACGAUAAACCAGGAUUGAAUGUGACACAUUCAAAGGAAUCAGAAUUCAAUCAUUGUAUCAAGUAUCAGAAAUAUGGUGUCAUAUAGAGACUAAAUAAGUAAAGAAGUCCAUAACAUGUCUGGGAAAGUGAAAACUCUGAAAACUGAAAAUACACUAUACUAUACUAUAAGUAAUAGGUCAUAUUGAAAUGAAACGUUUGAGUAACUAUGUUGAUAACCUUAAGUCUGACAUUGACUUGUUAAUCUUACAAGUCCAAAUCAGACUUGAUAAGUGUAUAAAUCAGACUGAUACUUGGUAGGUUAAGUCAAUUUGACUUACAAACCAGUAACUCAUCUGGUACACACUUGGUAAACCGAUAAGUCACAUUGAGACUGCUCUGUAUAAAUCUGAAGAUCAGAAUCAGAUUUGAUGUACUUGCAAGUCAGAUUUACCAUGCGACUUGGUACAGUAACUUCAGUCUGUAAUUCACCUGCUUAUAACCAGUGUUACGUCUCACACUGGCUUGGUUAACUGUAAGUCAGGGACAGACUUGGUCAACGAAUAAAUCAGGUUCAGACUACAUAAAUCUGUAAUUCAGAAUUAGACUCGAAAAAGAGACCCAGUGAUCUAACCAGAGUGAGACUAGGUGAGAAAACAAGAUGGUCUGAGUCCAUCUCUGAUCCGUUUUACUCGUCGCUUUUUCAAGACUUCCACGUUAUUUAAAGUCUUGUAGUUUAGUCUUUGUAUUCCUUUCCUACUAUUUAUCCUGCAUCUGUUUUCAUCACGUCUUUCUGGUCCUUGAAAAUGAACAUGGUUGUGUGUGGUGCUUGUUGUGGACAUUGUCUUAAUUGUUAUUCGAUUCAGUUCUAAUCAGCUUUUCACAUGACAUUAAUUGACUUGCGGGAGAAUAAUUGAUGUGCUGAUCACUGUAAACUGGAAUAAAUGACAUCACAAAAAUGUCUCUUUGAAAGUUCAGAUCUUCUCAGGUGACAUGUUGACACGCAGUGUUCUGGUAAUGCACUUCAGAAACACAAAACACAACCGGGAAUUACAUUAAAGCAUUCACGAGAGAAUAAAUAUUGAUAUAGACUAGUGGCCCUUAAGCAUAAAAGAAGACCAGAGUUCUAUUUUAUUUACUCAAGAACUGCAUUUCCUGUUGUUAGCAUGUCAUGUUAGCAAGUCUUUUAAGAGACAGUGACAUUGAGUUUUUGGAGGACAAUUUUAGAAAUGUUUGUUUUGUUGGUCAUUUUUGGCUUGUCAAUUCCGAUUUGUCAAGAGUACCUGAUUGUUCGAAUGUGUUCCUCCAUAUGUAAUUUAUAGAUAUUUACGCAAUAUUUCUUUCUUUAUUGUAUGUCAAAUAAAGCCUUUUAU